AUGGUGUCAAUGAUUCGCGCACCUAAAUUCGACGCGUCCUUGCCUCCACGAAUAGUAGUCAGCCCGAUUAUUCCCAGCAGUUCGCUCGUCUUCAAAUUAGUUCGAAAGGGCCGCCUGGGUCAGCUCAAGUCACUGUUGGCCAGUGGCCAGGCCAGCGUCCGGUCCCAGGACGAGGAUGGUCGUACUUUACUACAUCUCUCCCGCGAAACGGCUCGAGACGUCGUCUACGCCAAUGCCAAGCUUCUGCUAGAAGCAGGCGCGGACCCAUUCUUAGUACAAGACUCCUCUAUGAGCCCCGUCAGGAUGGCAAUACGAAGUGGUAGAAGUGACAUUCUUAGCAACAUGGCGACCAACUGGGGCUAUUUUCCCACAGAUCAGGCUGAAACUGAUGGGCGCGGAUUACUGGAGUUCGCUUUCAGUUUCAACUCGUUGCCGAUUGGAAACUGGGUUGAACAGCAGUGUUGCCCACACAUUGACAUUGAGAUGCUGGCCCCUAUCCUUGACAUGGGCGUUUCUGUCCACGAUAGCUACCCCUUUCGCCUCGGGGGGAGCUGCUUGCAUCUUGCGGUCCAGUAUGUAGCCUUCUGGGGAAGCAACGUUGAGCGUGACGCGAUCAUCUAUUUAGUCCGACAGGGUGCGGACGUGCGUGCCAAAUCCGACGCCGGCUUCAGUGUGACGGACAUUGCAAACGUUUCGACGAGGACCAGGAUGGCGGGAAGCUAUACUCGGGACCUCUGGGAUGUCGUGCUGGUCGCGUGCGGGUAUGACCCCCAUGCCUUUCCCAGAAACCAUCCUUAUCGCCCGCGAUGGAGAACUGGGUGGAGACUUGAUCCGAAAGAAUGCUACGGCAUGAGCGAUCUUCAGAGGUUGUGGAAAGGCAUGGAGGAUCGUUGCCCGUACUCAUUUUGCUCUGGGUGCCCAUCGUCGGGAAUCGAUUACGACCAUGAGCUGCAGCACAUCUUACAAGAAAAAAAGAGUCCUUGGGUGGGCGAGCGUCAGAAGGCGCUGGCGAAGUCACGGCACAGGAGGGAGUCUAGUGUCAAGCUGUACUUUACAGAAACACCGUCGAGACCUUCCACAGGGUCCGCAGGCAAUGAGAAUAUAGGUAGGGGAUCGGAAUAUGUCUGA